GGGCCACGACGGUGGCUGGGAAGGGCCACGCCGUCGGCUGACAGCGCCGGGAGCGACAGGACCGGGCGGCGUGCCCUGCUUAAAGAUGGCCGCCGGCGACUUCGGCGUGUCCGGAGGUGAGAGGUGAGGGGUGGCGGCAGCGGUGGCCGCGCUCCGGGAAGAUGGCAGAGAGCGAGCGGCCAGCAGGUGCCUCUGAGGAGGUGGCUCCUCCCCUCCAGCAGAGCUUCAUGAUCCCCAAAAAGGAGAUAAACAUGGUUUCCGACAUGGCCAAGUGGAAGCGCUCUCAGGCAUACGCAGAUUACAUGGGCUUCAUCCUCACUCUGAAUGAAGGUGUCAGGGGCAAGAAGCUGACCUGCGAAUACAAAGUUUCAGAGCCCAUUGAAAAGUUGGUGGCUCUUCUGAACACCCUUGACAGAUGGAUCGAUGAAACCCCACCAGUGGAUCAACCUUCUCGCUUUGGGAACAAAGCCUUCAGGACCUGGUACGCCAAACUAGACCAGGAAGCAGAAAAGUUGGUGGCAACAGUGAUCCCCAAGCAUUUGGCUGACGCUGCACCAGAAGUGGCUGUGUACCUGAAGGAAUCUGUGGGGAACUCCACCCGCAUUGACUAUGGCACAGGGCACGAAGCUGCGUUUGCAGCCUUUCUCUGCUGCCUCUGCAAAAUUGGUGUGCUCAGAGUGGAUGACCAGAUGGCCAUCGUCUUUAAAGUAUUUAACAGGUACCUAGAAGUGAUGCGAAAACUUCAGAAGACCUACAGGAUGGAACCUGCUGGCAGCCAGGGCGUGUGGGGCUUGGAUGACUUCCAAUUUCUACCUUUCAUAUGGGGCAGUUCCCAGCUGAUAGACCAUCCAAAUCUGGAGCCUCGACACUUUGUUGAUGAGAAGGUGGUAAAUGAAAACCAUAAGGACUUCAUGUUCCUGGAGUGCAUCCUCUUCAUUACAGAGAUGAAGACGGGCCCCUUUGCCGAGCACUCCAACCAGCUCUGGAACAUCAGCGCCGUGCCCUCCUGGUCCAAGGUCAACCAGGGCCUCAUCCGCAUGUACAAGGCAGAGUGCCUGGAGAAGUUUCCUGUGAUCCAGCACUUUAAGUUCGGCAGCCUGCUCCCCAUCCAGCCUGUGACGUCUUAAGGAGGCCGCGGGAGGAGUCAAGGCAGCGGAGGCAUAGCACGAUGCUCUUCCUCCUCCCCUCACCCCCUCCUUAUCACCCUGCCCGUUACACACAGCCCAUUCAUUCCUGCACAUCCUCAUCGGCAACCACAGAUCCAAAGCACUCGCCGGCCUUGCACGGGAGACGGGACCCGGAGCGGCUUGUCCUGAACAUCCCCAUCACGGGGAUGUCUCGCCAGCGACCAAGCCGGGGCUGUGCUUCUCCGCUCUGCUGCGUCCACGGGCAGCACGACUGCCCUGUACGGCUCCGGGCAUGUGAAUGGGGUUUGAGUAGGGGCUGCCUUGUAGCGAAGGCUCCCUGCUUCCCUUCCCAGGAGGAAGGGGGUGUGGAGGGGAGGAAGGCACGUGUGUAUGUGUUGGGCAGUGGUAACUGCAAUUUCCCUUUUGAAUUUCACUGAAGUUUCCUGUUGCUGUUUGGUUUGGGAAACCACUGCGAGGGGUGAGGUGUGAGCCUGCACGUGCCUGUAGGCAGCCACCUCUGCUUGCACUGGGGGGUCUGAAAUGGGUAGAGGAAGUUGUAGGGAAGGUCUGUGGGUUGCUGGAAGCACAGGGUCCCAUCUCUCCCUUAUUCUGAGUAAGGAAAGCCCCCUUCCUCCUCCCUCCAUCUCUUCUGCAAGGUUCCCUGGGUCUUCCUUUCCCACCACUGCCUCUUCUCUCAGACGAAGCUGGGAACCUUCUGGGCUGCGGGGGUCUGAGCUGGCUCUGGAGCUGGAGACAAGGUCCCUGGAGGGACCCGGCUCUGUGGGAACAGCUAUGCAAAGACACUGCUCGAGCGGCGCCUGCUCAGGCUCCCUCUUAACGGGCACAAAACCUCCCAUGUUCACACACAUUCAUUGCUGGGUCCAACCUGCCCUUUGCACUCCCCAUUUCCUCCUCUGUGCUUUGCAGCCCCGGGGCUGGGCUGGCCUCAGUGGCACAAGGUGACCGUGGUUGCUACUGCUUGGUCAUAAAUUGUAGCAGCAGCCCCAUAGCAAAGGGAUUUCCCCACAAAGCAGCAUGUUCCCCAGCUCUUUUAGGGAGGCAUCCCCAGAGCAAAAACAGCGGGGGGCGGGGGGGGGGGGCAGGCAUGCAGCUUUACAUGCAUUUAUAUACCCGCGCUGGAAACAAAAAGCAUAAAUAGCCCAGGACAGCAGGUUAUAUCUGGAGAAAGCUCUUUCCCUUUGUCAUUCCCUGCUGGUGUUGCUGUGCUGGACCUCGGGCAGAGGGACCGUGCUUCCAGUGCCACCAGCAGCGGCAUCUUGAAGGCAGGUGAAUGAAUGGGGACGUGGGCUGGUGCCAGCGGCAUCACUAGGAGGGCUGGAACGGCUGGUGCUGGGUUUGAGGUGAGCGGUUGUGGCCACAGGUCUUGACCAAGGUGGUCCACAACUUUGCAGCUGGAGAGGGGGUGUUUCUUGGGGUUCCCGGGCUGGGUGUGGGGGGGACAGGGCUCUGGUCUGGUGUUUGCUGGGGGUCAGGGGCAGCAGGGAUCAUUUCUCUGGCCCUCCUGCAGACCACAGAGGGGGGGGGGGGGGGCUGCCCUCAGCCAGGCUGCUUGGCUUUUGCUGCUGCAUUGCUUUACUGUUGGGGGGAAAAGAAAAAAGAAAAAAAAAAAAACAAACCCAAACCCAAACCUGCUUGUGAAUUUUUUCUCCCAAUUUUCUUUUUGCCAGACCUACUGCCUCCCUCUUGUAAAAGUUCUCGCAGGCGCUCAGGGGAGGGAGAGCAAGAAAAGAGUCUAAAUUAAGAGGCAGUGAACCCCAGGUGUCUGCAGAGCUAAAGCAGAGCUUUCUAACACUGCUACUGUCCUGUCGGCUCUGGCUUGGCCCUGGGCGGGAGGGGGCAAGGGUCUCUUGACCUGCCUGAAACAGCUCUAUAAGCUUGCGUUUUAAAUGAAAAUGGAAGACUGGAGUUAAGUCUUGUUUUACUCCUAAAUGGGACGUGUGUUUUGUCUUGGCUUUCCAAAUGGAUCCACUCUGGUGCUGGAGAUCUGUGUGCUUGCUGGGACUUGAUGAGUCCAUCUCUGGUGGAGCCGUUUAGCAGCCAGCGCCUGGAGCAGAGACCCCAGGCAUCUCCACCUGCGUCCCCUGGCGUUGCUGUGUGGCUUUUGGCAAGUGUCACCAUGCUUUAAAUGGCUGUGCAACAUCUGGCUGGCAAUGGCUGAGCUAAAGCCUGUGGUUUCCCAAGGCUGCACGAGGGUUGGGAACGCAUCUCUCCUGGUUGUCUCUUGGAAAUGGGGCUUCCAUGCAAAAGGAGGGGGGGAAAUGUUGACGUCCAUGCAUGGGAGGAACACCAAGAAUGGGAAAUACAGCACCAAAAAAGGGUGGGGAGAUGCUUCCUUCCCCUGCAGCUGCAGCCACUGCUCCCUGGGAAUGGUGUCCCUGGGCUUGGGACCUGCUGGGGAGGAGCUCACAUAAAGCUCGGUGUUUCUUGCUUGCCUGAGUCUGCACAUCUGUCCUGGUAGGGAUUUUUGGACUUCAAGUGACUAAUUCUUAUUUGAGUCUUAUCAGCACGCUUGGGAUGUGCCCCUGUCACGUGGCAGUCAGCUGCUUACCUUCCUCUGGCUCCCACCAGCGUCCGUCACUGGUUCUCUGGGCUCUGCUUCUCUCCUGGUGGGUCCACACAUGUAGCAGCCCCCAGGGCUGCUCGAUGUCUGAAGCAGCGCUCCCCCACCUCCUCCCAUAUUGUGGUUUUAAUUAAAGUCUUUGUGUUUUGCACUGGUGACUGUGUUGGUCUCUCUCGGGCUGGGGUUUGCUCCCGCGCUGGGAGCAGAGCCAGAGAAGCCGAUGGCGGGAGCUUUCGGCACAGGGAAGAGGCUUUGUGGAGGCACUUGCCACGUUGGUGGUUGAUCUCACGCUUGCACCAAAAUUGACUCGUUAUUUAACUGCAUGAAUCUAGUAUAUCCAGUCUGUCUUUGUACCCUUCCUAGGUGUCUUUCUGUCGUACGGUAUGUUUUAUUUAUUUAUUUAACUUCUUUGCUAUCUCCACCCCCUUCUCUCCCCGCUUGGAUUGGGCGGGUAGGUGAUGUGCGAAGCCUGUUCCCAGGCCAGCAAAUACCUCUUGAAGAUCAGAGACGCUCACAACCAAAGGACGUUUGAGCCUUGUUUCUGAGGCAGGGUGAGAACUGGAACCUUUUUCUUCAGAUGUUUUUCCUAUCCUGCUGCUGUGGCUGACUCAGGACUUCCAGCAUCGGUUCAGCUCAGCAGCUUUGUUGGAUUUAUAUAGAAAAUGAUACCUGGACCUUCUCAUGAGCAGUUGGAGCUAGCGUAGAUGUGCUUAGCAAAUGCUAGUUUUCUUGUCACUGGGUUUUAUCUUCUCCGUCAAUGCAGGCCAACUGUGUAAGUGCAUGUUGCUAAAAGUGGCAGCAGCAUGGAGGGAUGGAUGGUGAGCAGAAAUGUCAUCUUGGAUUACAGAUGUUUUCUUUGAAGGCACUUGAAUCCGUCUUGAACGUGUCCCUUGGUGAACAUGACGUGCAGUGAAGGGGAAGCAGACGUAGUGUGGGUUUCUCACCAUCUUCCCUCUCAGCCCACUGACCAAGCCAGUUUUUUUAAAUUCAGUUUUCAGAACUGUAUCCUUUGGGGUUGCGAUACGUAGGCCAGUUCGUGUUUCUGUUUAACAGCUGUUGCCUUUACAUGGGGCGCGUUUCACAAAUCGCCGUGAACCUUCCCCUGUCUCUCUCUUCGCAGUCCUCCUUUAUAAAUGAUCGCUCAUGGCAGCCAGUAAUAAAUGAAGUAAGAGUUAAGAGAAGCAGCCUCGUGCGGUGAUAGUAGUAAAAGAAUAAAAAAUAGAACUGUUUCAUGCCAUUGUUGCUGUAUUAACUUGUCCCUGGUGUGCGGCUCAGUUCCAUUACGUAGUGCUGGGUUCCUGCUAUUAAAUAAACAAAGAAGUCCCCACUGCAGGACCAGCAUUUGUUCAGCAGCAAAAUCUGAGCUGGCUUCAUCCUGAGUUUCCAGGACAAAGUCGUGCUUGGUACCCCAAGGAACCAGGGUUGAACCACACAAGAGCCCUGGGCACUGCACUGUGUCCCCGCAACUGCGUUGGCUUCCUUCCUGAGGGAGGGAAGGCGGCAGAAAUGGGUGGCAGAAGGUGGAAUUGAUGCUUAAUGAUAACUGCCAACGUGACGAUGGAAACCAUCUAUGGUUGAGAAGCUCACGGGGAUCUCAUUGCUGUUUCAACAAGGACUCUCCUGGCUCAGAUGUAGAAUUUAUCAGGGCUUUGGGAGGUCAUUUCAUGCUCUAAUAGGCAAGAAGAGAGAUCUUCAUCCCUUAAAUGUUGCUUCCCCUUCGGUGGAUGAACACUCUUCCCAUUGAUGUCGCAACAAACUCCUUGAGCAUCCUGGGGACAGACACAUCUUUCCCUGGACUGAUCUCGUAAAAAUUGUGCCAAACUUCAAAACUAGGAUGAGCCAAAUUGAAAAAGGGCUGCCUGCACGUGGGAUUUAGCGAGGGCUGAACCAUGAUGGGCAUCUUCAGCUUGGAGAUAUGCUUGUUCUGAAGAGCACAAGGCUGUGAGCAGGCUUCGGAGGUUAGAAAAGGCUUUUGAGGGGGUGGAGGGGGUGCUUCUGCUUGCUAUAAAAAGCCUGGGCUUGGGAAUGUCUACAUCAGUCGGCUCUACGCAGGGCAUAAAUACAGUUGUGGCUAAAAUUGGAACGAGUCACUCCCCAUGUUCCCAGUUGCAACUCUAACACAGAUAAUAAAUAACAUCAAAAUCCCUCA